AUGCCCAUAGUCCCUUCUUUCAGUUAUAUGCCCAUCGUCCCUUCUUUCAGUUAUAUGCCCAUCGUCCCUUCUUUCAGUUAUAUGCCCAUCGUCCCUUCUUUCAGUUAUAUGCCCAUCGUCCUUUCUUUCAGUUAUAUGCCCAUCGUCCCUUCUUUCAGUUAUAUGCCCAUCGUCCCUUCUUUCAGUUAUAUGCCCAUCAUCCCUUCUUUCAGUUAUAUGCCCAUCGUCCCUUCUUUCAGUUAUAUGCCCAUCGUCCCUUCUUUCAGUUAUAUGCCCAUCGUCCCUUCUUUCAGUUAUAUGCCCAUAGUUCUUUCUUUCAGUUAUAUGCCCAUCGUCCUUUCUUUCAGUUAUAUGCCCAUCGUCCCUUCUUUCAGUUAUAUGCCCAUCGUCCCUUCUUUCAGUUAUAUGCCCAUAGUUCUUUCUUUCAGUUAUAUGCCCAUCGUCCUUUCUUUCAGUUAUAUGCCCAUCGUCCUUUCUUUCAGUUAUAUGCCCAUCGUCCCUUCUUUCAGUUAUAUGCCCAUCGUCCCUUCUUUCAGUUAUAUGCCCAAGUCCUUUCGUUUAGUUAUAUGCCCAUCAUCCCUUCUUUCAGUUAUAUGCCCAAAGUCCUUUCUUUCAGUUAUAUGCCCAUCGUCCCUUCUUUCAGUUAUAUGCCCAUCAUCCCUUCUUUCAGUUAUAUGCCCAUCGUCCCUUCUUUCAGUUAUAUGCCCAUCGUCCCUUCUUUCAGUUAUAUGCCCAUCGUUCUUCCUUUCACUUAUAUGCCCAUCGUCCCUUCUUUCAGUUAUAUGCCCAUCGUCCCUUCUUUCAGUUAUAUGCCCAUCGUCCCUUCUUUCAGUUAUAUGCCCAUCGUCCCUUCUUUCAGUUAUAUGCCCAUCGUCCCUUCUUUCACUUAUAUGCCCAUCGUCCCUUCUUUCAGUUAUAUGCCCAUCGUCCCUUCUUUCACUUAUAUGCCCAUCGUCCCUUCGUUUAGUUAUAUGUCCAUUCUUUCAGGCGAAUUCCCAUUUCCUUUCUUUCAGUCGUGUGCCCAUAUAGUAUGACAUUGUCUCAAACUGGAAGUAUGUGUGACAAGAUAUUUAUUGUAAACUUCAUGAUAUGAAUGAGUAUGUAUAUGACAAGGGCACAAGCAAUAAAAUUAGGUUCUCAUA